AUCCCCUCGCAGUGGCUCAGCCCUUCUUUUUCCGCUUCCGGUCGCAGUAUCGACAAGAGGGAAUUCUUCACAAUGUCUGCUCAUCUGCAAUGGAUGAUUGUACGCAACUGCUCAAGUUUCCUUAUUAAAAGGAACAAGCAAACUUACAGCACGGAGCCCAACAACCUUAAGGCCCGUAACUCCUUCCGUUACAACGGUCUGAUACAUCGCAAGACAGUAGGGGUAGAACCAGCUGCUGAUGGAAAGGGUAUUGUUGUAGUCCUUAAGAAGCGUGCAGGUCAGCGAAAGCCAGCCACUUCCUACGAAAAAGUCACUAUCAACAAGAAUGCACGGGCCACUCUCAGCAGCCUCCGCCAUAUUAUUCGCAAGAAUAAUUACCGCAAGGAUCUGCGCAUGGCUGCCUUGCGCCGGGCCAGUGCAAUUCUGCGCAGCCAGAAGCCCGUGGUGGUGAAGAAGAAGAGGACUCGGGCUCCCAAGACUGCAUAAAAAACAGUUCUCAAAUUAUCCAAUAAAGGAAUACAACCAGA